AUGGAGAGCUAUGUUAUCCUUAUGGCCCUGAUCGGGUUCUGCAGCGGACAGUCACGACUGGGCUCCUACAACCUGGACAGUUCGGUGUCUGUUUCGGGCAUCUCCUCGGGGGCCUACAUGGCCAAUCAGUUCCAUGUCUCCCAUUCUGGUAGAGUCGUGGGGGCGGCCAUGUUUGCAGGAGGUCCGUAUUACUGCGCCAUUAAUAACGCUCUGACGGCCACAGGCGCCUGUAUGAAAUUACCUUCCACCAUCAGCCUCAUCCCCCUCAGGGCCUACACCGACUCCUGCGCCGUUACAGGGUUAAUAGAUCCCCUGUCUAAUCUGGGGCGCGGACGAGUGUUCAUCUUCUCGGGAUCUAAAGACUCCGUGGUGUCUCAGGGUGUAUCCCAAAAACUACAGGAGUAUUACGCCUCUUACAUCACUUCUGGGUCCAUUAAAACUGUAUACAACAUUGCAGCUGAACAUACAAUGCCCACUGACAGCUAUGGAGGAGCCUGUGGAUCACUAAACAAUGAAUAUAUAAGCAACUGCAACUAUAACGGCGCCUAUGAGGGUCUGAACCACAUCUAUGGGGGUCUGGCGAGACCAAGCAGCAGUGCCGGACAUUCUGGACAGGACUGUCCCAUGAACUAG